CCGAAGUUCGGUUAUCAGUGUUGUGUAGUCCAUUGGCGCGAUUGGAUGCACGAUGCUGCUUCAGACAUGUGGUGUAAUCACAACAGUUGUUUGUAUAACGUUUUUGCAAGUGCAGUGUGCUCCCGGUGUAAGAAAGAAGACAGUGUACGUCACACAGGAUGAAAAUGGCACAAAAGUCAGUUUGAAGAAAACGGGUGACUCGCACUGGCUCGCGAAAGGUUAUUAUGCACCACUCAAUAAUGGCACCGGAUGGAGUUACCUGCAGGUGGAAACAAAUCCUCAGAACAGUGACAUGUUACAAGCCUUUGGUGCAGGUUAUGUGGAGUCAUUUCUCACAUAUGAUGUCAUGUACAAGCAUUGGUAUAACACGUUGCACGACUUCUGCGGCGUCAGACGGGAACUCUGCCGGAAGGUUCAGGAUCACUUGGACAGAAAUCUCAUUUGGGUCAAUGACAUGAUUACCAAUCAGAGCAACACGGAGCCAUACUGGCAUCAGGUGAAUCUAUUCUACGAGCAGCUGAAAGGACUUGAAUAUGGUUACAGAAUUGCAAGGGAACUAGAUCGUGAAGCUUCGAAAAAUUUGACUUUCAGCGAUCUCCUAUGGCUGAAUGUUCAAGGGGAUCUCGAAGACCUGUUCUCCGCUUUAGAAACAGGUAGUGAUGAACCAACUUCAGUGAGAGGAGCUCAUUUGCCUGGCUCGACUUCCUGCUCGGCCCUUAUCAAACUCCUGCCUGACUCUUCUGAUCUGUUUACUUCACAUGACACAUGGUCCAGUUUCCAGUCUAUGCUCCGAGUCCAGAAGAGGUAUAUCUUCCCAUACAAAGUACUGCCUCAGUCAAAUAGCACUGUCCCAGGCCAUGUCAUCACAUUCUCAUCAUAUCCAGGGACAAUCCAGUCAGGUGAUGACUUUUAUGUAACAUCUGCAGGACUUGUGACACUUGAGACAACAACAGGAAACAGUAACCACUCUCUCUGGCAAUAUGUAAAGGCUGAAGGGCAGGUACUGGAGCAGGUUAGGACAAUGGUGGCCAACAGGCUGGGACACUGCGGAAUGAGUUGGAGCAAAGCGUUCACUCUGUAUAACAGUGGCACAUACAACAACCAGUGGAUGGUGGUGGACUACAAGCGCUUCAAGAAAGGAACACCUCAGCACCUAUUGAGAGACAAGCUGCUGUGGGUCCUUGAGCAGCUGCCAGGAUACAUCAGAGCUGAGGACAAGACUCAAGUCCUAAGGCAACAAUCUUACUGGCCAAGCUACAACACCCCUUACUUUCCCGAUAUUUACAGUAUGAGUGGACAGGGAGAACUUGCAGCUAAGUAUGGAGACUGGUUCACAUAUGAUCGGACUCCACGUGCUCUUAUGUUCAGGCGGGACCAUGUGAAGGUGAACGAUACCUCAAGCAUGAUAGCCCUGAUGCGCUACAAUGAUUAUUUACAUGAUCCACUGUCAAGGUGCAACUGCACGCCGCCGUACAGUGGCGAGAAUGCCAUUGCAUGUCGCAAUGAUGUGAACCCGAUCAACGGUACAUACCCGUUUCCUGCACUGGGACAUCGAUCACAUACAGCCACAGACAUGAAACUGACAACAGCAGAUCUUGUGACUAAACUUCAAUUUAUAGCCAUUGCUGGUCCUCCAUAUAACAAUUACCUCCCUCCCUUCCAGUGGAGUACAUCAGAUUAUAAGAAUCUUCCUCAUCUUGGACAUCCUGAUGUUUUUAAGUUUGAACCUGUUCUAUUCAAAUGGAAAUGGUGAGAACUGCACAUACUGCUGAAUUCAGGUUAGAUUAGUUUUUGAGUAGUAAUUUGUUCUGAAUAUGACAACAAUUUUAUAAAUAUAUAUAUAUAUCUAAAAACUCACUCUCUUGUGUGCAUACACACCACAUAAAAAUAUGUAACUUGAAAUUUAUAUUAUUUUUGUACAAUUACUAAUAAAUUUCCAGUUGAUGUUUCAGUGGUUAAAAAUAUUGGAUUGUAACUGAAAUAAGACACAGUAGGUACUGUGAUGUAUCUGUAGUAAAUGUUAAUAUAAACAUAAUUUUGACAUUCA